UGUUUGUCUCGAGCUUUCUUUUCCACGCCCACUUAUUUUUUGACUUAGCGUUUGACGAUGUCAACGCGCAAGAGAAGUGGUAGGCAAGACGAUGUCUUGUCACUUUUUGGAAGUUCUUCCUCCGAAGAGAGUUUUUCGGGUUUUUCCCCUAACAAUUCUCCAAAAUCAAAUAGAGUUAGGUCUAUUGUGACAAAAGUAGCAAAAGACGGUAAAGUCCGGAGUAGAUCGAAGCGUUAUGAUAAGUCACAUGAUCAACCACGUGUUGACAGUCCCGGAGAAAAUAACAAUGGCGACGAUGUUGUCAUUUUGCAGCCUUCUGAGUCAAGCGGUAAUAACCGGCAGGUAAAUGUUAUUGACUUAAAUAACUUAAGUACCGAAAACGUUAAUCAGUUGAGAUCUGUUUUAGGGCUGAAAACUUCUAAUACAGAAGGUAGGUCGGAUAAUUCUGAAUCUGAAUCCGUUCAAAAUCAUGAAUUUUGCGAUAAUGAAACUGAAAGUAGAUCUACUUUUUGCAAUGCUAGGGAAGUUACUUCCGAAGCAAAUUCUUUAUCCAAUAAUUUUGCAAAUUCUCUGUUUGAAGAUGAUAAUACUGAGAACGAGUUAGAUGAUGAUAUCUGGCCGCAGGCCAAGAUUAAAGCCCCUGAUAGAGGUGAUCCAAUUUCAGAAUCACUGGCUAAACUGAUAAAUGACUCGUGCACUCAGAUGUGUUCCAUAAAUGAUUUGGUAUCAAAAUACAAAGUACCAUCAAAUUGUACUUUCAUGACUCCCCCAAAAGUGAACGAAGAAAUCUGGGGUGAAUUAGCAACUAACCGAAGGGUUCAGACUACAGACAAGUUGUUAAGGGACACUCAAAAUCUGGUAACGGCAGGUAUGAUCCCCAUUUUGUCAAUGGCAAAAUUACUGAAACCUCAUAUAGGUAAAAUUCCCGAAAUCAAAACUUUGAUUGCUGACUCAUUGACCAUGUUGGGUCAGGUCCAGUUUAAUAUGAGUGUCCGCAGAAGAUACUUAUUAAGACCUUAUAUUAAACAAAAGUAUUCGGGUAUUUGUAACAUUAAUACGCCUGUAACAACAUAUCUCUUUGGUGAUGAUAUUAGUAAAGAGUUGAAAAAAUGUGAAACCAGCAUCAGAGUUGGUAAAUUCUCGCAAAAAUCCACUUCUCUGGGUCCUAUGAGGGGCAAACGUGGAAGAUGGCGAGGUCGUGGUACACCAUAUGGCCGUGGUUUCAGUACAAACAAGCAGUCAACAUACGGUCAGUUCGGUUACAAGCAUGAUUUUCCACCUAAAACUAGGAAGAAUGUACCCACAACAAGUUCAACAGUAAAUCAGACUACUAACUGACACGGUGAUGUCUUCAAGGCCAAGGCAAAGGUUGCCACGACACAAAGAUUUAUUGAGUCUCCCUCACAACAACGAGUUACAUCCAAUGGGCAAGAAGCUACAGCUAAUUGGAGCGAUUGUAUCUGGACAGAACUACAAAAUCGAGGAAUUCCGGACAAGGCUAUCAUAUCAGUUCUUCAAAGUUGGCGUCCAGGAACACAAAAACAAUAUAAGAAUGCAUGGACAAAGUGGUAUAUGUGGUGUAGUCUCCGGAUGUGUGAUUCCUUUAAACCAGUUGAAAGUGACUUAAUAUCUUAUCUAGUGUAUUUAAAGAACAUGAAUAAAUCAUAUAGUGUUAUUAGUUUACAUAAAUCUGUAAUUUUAGAAACAUUGAAAAUAUUGCAUCCUGCUUCUUCUUUAAAUACAUCUGUUUUGAAUAGAUUCAUGAAGGGUUUACAUAAAGAAAUACCCCCAAAACCAAGAUAUUUUAAAACGUGGAAUGUUAGAAAAGUUCUUGAUCUCAUUUCAUCAUGGAUGCCGUUGGAUUCUCUUACAUUAAAGUUAUUAACUCUAAAACUUGUGUCGCUGAUAACCUUAUGUACAGCAGCUAGAGCUCAAACUUUGAAAGCCUUGAACAUUGAUAAUUUUUGUAUAAAAGAUAAUGUUGUGUAUUUUAAUUGUGGGGACAAGCUUAAAUCUUGUAAACCAGGACAAAAUUUUAUUUUACAAUUAAAGGCUUAUAGUAAAGCCGAGUUAUGUCCAUUAAGGACUUUGAAAUGUUAUAUGAAAUGUACGCAGGGAGUAAGGAAAGACAGUCAGUUGUUUGUGUCAUUUAAAAACUAUAAGGCUGUUUCUACCAGCACUUUAGCUCGUUGGCUUAAAAAUGUUCUUUCAAUGGCAGGUAUAGACAUUAAAGAGUUUAAGGCACAUUCGUUUCGAGGAGCCUCUUCUUCUGCUGCAGUUAAAGCAGGAUGCAAAAUUUCUGAUAUUUUAAAGACUGCUAAUUGGUCUUCUUCAAAAAAUUUCAAAACUUUUUAUUUGCGAGAUGUAAAUGAUGAAAAUGAUAAUAACUUCCAAGAAUGUGUUUUGAAUAGUUAAAACUGACUAGUGUGUACCUUGACGUUUUUUGUCAUUCUAAUGAGGAAUGUAGUUGUUUUGGAUUUUGAUUUGACUGAGAUGUGGAUUUUUCAUUCAUGCUGUAAUGAAAAUGAUUUUCUUUGAAUGAUAAUUUUUUGUACGUAUUUUCAUAUACUUUCUAUAUAUUAAUUGAAAGUAAUUUGGAAAAGAAAAUAUAUAAAGGUGUUUUUUCAGAAUAUAUGUGUUUAUGUUGUCUUUUCUUUAAACAUGCUUGUAUAUGAGAGCUGAAGGCCAUUGAAAAUAAUGGCACCCCCAUCCAAGCAUUUUGUGAUGGAUGGGGGGCAUUAUUGGAUAAUGGCCGGAGGCCGAAAUAUACAAGCACCCUCCCUUGAAGGUGGUUUUUUCUUUAAUCAUCUUCUAUAAAUUUUUCCCAACCCGUAGACAUUGUAUUUACUAAGAAGUGAACUGAUAAUUUUCAAUAACACAAUGUCUUGUUUGUUUUGUAAUGAUGUUUACAAUUUUUUAAAUUAUAUAAAGUUGGUUUUUUAGAGUUUUAAAAGGUAUUUUAAAACUCUUGUUUGUUUGGUAAAACAAGACAACAUAAAACUUGCUUUAAAUUAUGAAUUGCACGUGGAAUUGUCCGAAUUUAUAUACUAUGUGGUCACGUGAUAUCAGGUCAUUUUUGUUGACCUGUAAAAAGCGAUGGUUCUCUAUGGG